AUGCUCGACACCGAGAGACAUGGUCGGGAUCAUGAUCCCUCAAAGGUCCCUGUGACUGCCACUCAAGAUGCAAAAGGUUUUGCGGAUGAGAAGCUCAAACAGAUGACAUUGGAAGAGAAGAUUUUGCUUUUGACUGGAGAAGACCUCUGGCGCACGAAUCCCAUCCCUAGGCUGGGCAUCUCCAGAAUCAAGACUUCCGAUGGACCAACUGGCGUGCGCGGGGGAAUCUUCGUCGAUGGAGUGACUGCAGCUUCAUUACCAUCCGGCGUGUCACUUGCCGCUACCUGGGACAAGCAAGUAAUCGAGGACGUAUCGCAAGUUUUGAUAGCAGAAGCCAAGAGCAAGGGGGUUGAUGUUCUGCUAGGACCGACUGUUUGCAUCCCAAGGACCCCUCUGAGCGGGCGCAACUUUGAAGCUUACAGCGAGGACCCUUUCUUGACGGGCAAGCUUGCCGCUCAGUACAUCAACACGAUCCAAGCUGCUGGCAUUGGGGCCUGUGUGAAGCACUACGCCGCCAACGACCAGGAAAAUCGCCGCUUCUUCAUCGACGAGAAGAUUCCCGAGCGCGCCCUGCGUGAGAUCCACCUCCAGCCUUUCCAAAUCGCAGUCCGCGACAGCAACCCGUGGUCGAUCAUGACGGCUUACAACAAGGUAAACGGAAACUUCUGCUCUGCGAACCACUACCUCAUCAGAGAUAUCCUCCGUGGCGAGUGGGGUUGGGACGGACUCGUUAUGAGUGACUGGUUUGGGACCAAUAGCGUUGUUCCCUCUCUUACAGCUGGUCUGGAUCUUGAAAUGCCGGGGCCUGUGAGGAGGCGGGGCAAGCACCUUCUUGAAGCUCACCGGCAAGGCCUGGUCGACAGCUCCUUCAUCGAUGCUUCCGCAAGUACGGUUCUCGAGCUUGUCCACAAGACUGGGAAGAGCAAAAUUCCCGACUGGAAAGAAGGACCUGAGCAGGCCGUCGAUCUCCCCGAGCAUCGGGCAAUCUUGCGCCGCGCCGGCGCCGAAGGUAUUGUUCUGUUGAAGAACGAGGGUGGUAUUCUUCCCUUGAAGGAUCUUGACGGAAAGACCAUAGCGUUCAUCGGCCCCAACGCAAACAGGUCCGUUGCGACUGGAGGCGGGAGUUCGAAUCUCUCACCUCACUACCGUACUACACCGUUCGGCUCUUUCAGCAAGGAGAUCUCCAGCAUUUAUCCGACUGCGAAAGUCGUGACCAAGCCAGGCAUACUCACUCACCGUUACCUUCCUCUUCUUGAGCCUUCGGUGAUGACGAACCCGAAGACCGGCUCCCCUGGAUUCGUAUUGUCGCUUUGGAGAAACAUGAAGCACGAGGGCACGCCUUUCAUGACUGAGCACCGACCGAGUUCGAAUCUGGUUUGCUACGACGGGCUUCCGCCAGAGUUGACAACUGGGGAAAGGUACUCCUACCGCGCCAAGACGAUUCUGACGCCCAAAACCACUGGAGUACAUCAGUUUUCCCUUUCCAGUUGCGGACCCGGGAAGCUUAUACUCGACGAAAAGGUAAUCAUCAACAUUGAACGCCGGUGGUGGUCACCCAAGUCCUCUCUUUUUAUGAGCUACGGCUCGCCUGAAGAACGCGUUGAAGUGGAGCUGAAGGCCGGACAAUCAUACGAGCUUGUCCUUGAGUCCAUCAGUCGCGAGCCUAAGCCGUACGACAUGACUUACACGGGCAUGCUUGAACGUGAGGAGGUUCAAGAUGGUGGUCGAGUUGGAUUCCUGGAGAACCCUGGCGAUCUCGAUGCCAUGCUACAGGAAGCCGUUGACCUCGCCAGCCGUAGCGACAUAGCGAUUGUGGUCGUUGGGAAAGAUCAUGAAUGGGAGACGGAAACAAGCGAUAUGGUCUCCAUGGAUCUACCAGGGCAAUCUAACGAGUUGGUGCGGGCUGUGGUGAGAGCGAAUUCCAGGACCAUUGUCAUCAAUCAGACAGGCAGCCCAAUCACGAUGCCCUGGGUCAACGAAGUGCCAGCCAUUGUUCAGGCCUGGUAUCAAGGGCAGGAGCAGGGCAACUGUAUUGCCGACAUUCUUCUCGGGACCACCAAUCCUUGUGGGAAGUUGCCAAUCACAUUCCCACGCCGCAUUGAGGACACACCCUCGUUCGACAACUACCCCGGAGAGAAUGAUGUGGUUCACUAUGGUGAAAACCUUUACCUCGGUUACCGAUUCUAUGACCAUCGCAAGAUUGAGCCGUUGUUCCCCUUCGGAUAUGGUCUCUCGUACACGACAUUUGCAUACUCUAACAUCAGGCUGAGCAGCGGUUCUCUCGCUGUGGACGAAACGAUUGAGGUUCAGGUUGACGUGACCAACACUGGGGGCGUUGACGGCAAGGAAGUAGUGGAGUUUUACGUGAGCCCGGUGUCCAAGCCGACACUCGGCCGACCUCUGAGGGAGCUGAAGGGGUGGGACAAGGUGUUUGUGCGUCCUGGGGAGACUGCCACUGCUCGGGCUACACUGGAUCGGGGGAGUAUCUCCUACUGGGACGACAGCAUUCAGAAAUGGGUAAUUGAAGGAAAUGCCGUGUUCAUGGUUUCUGCGGCGAAGGACUCUAGGGAUGAGGGGCUGGCGGCGGAGUUUCGCUCGAAGGCUGCAGCCCGGUGGGUUCAUUAA